AUGGCCGUUACUCGUUCAUCACCAUCUCCGGCCAAAGUUACAAAACCCACAAAACAAUCGCAGAAAACCAGACCCAAAUCAAAAAUGGGUAAAAAAAAUCUGAAAGAGAACCCUCCUAGCCCCACUUCCCCUUCUGUUAAAAGAAAAACCAUUGCUGGACCUUCGAAGAACACUCGAGGAAAAAGACCUCGAACUGUUGUUGAAAAUUCAGACUCAGAUUUUGAGUUGGAUUCUGAAUUUCUUAAGUCGCCUGUUUCUGUUAAGGGCAAGGAUAAAUCCCCUGUGAAGGUGUUGCCAUCAUCAGGUGUUUCUGAAGAAAUUCCUGUUAAUAGGAUUGUUGAGGAUUGGGAAUGCAAGUACACUCGAUCUCAAUUUUAUCAUUCUAGAGUAGUAACAUCUGGGUAUUACUCUGUACUUGGUGACAUUAAGAGAAUUUUAACUGAAAGCCAAUUGGAAAUUUUUUCAAAAUCUGUGUUUGGUUAUUUUCUUCGAAUUCCUGAGUACAUAAUUCAUUACCAAUUGCUUCAUUGUUUGCUGUUGAGGGAGGUUCAGCAGCCUAAUGGGUUGGAGUUUUGGGUUUGUGUCCAAGGGAAAUACCUUAGGUUUAGUAUCGAAGAGUUUGCGUUGGUCACGGGGUUAGAUUGUCAUGUUGAUUCUGAUUUUUAUCAGUUUAAGCAAGAUGAUAAUGAAUUGGUCAAAUCUUGUUUUAAGGGGUACAAAAAAAUUACCAAGGGUGCUAUUCAGACUGCUUUUAUUGCUGACAAUCUUAAGGAUAACGACGAUCUUGCAGUCAAGUUGGCUGUAUUGUAUUUUGUGCAGUGUUAUUUGUUAGGUGGUCCCCCGGGUAAAGUUGUUUCGUCUGAGGAAAUAGAUGUUGUGGAUAGUGGUCGAUAUAAUGAAUUUGGGUGGGGCAAGCAUUGUUUUGAUAUCACUAUGCAUUCUUUGAAGGGUAAGAUAGAUUCUGGUUAUAAGAGGGUAGUUCGUAGUGACGAGGAUGGUGGGUAUUACAGGUUAUUGGGUUUUCCUUUGGCUAUUCAAUUCUGGUUUUUCGAGUGUUGCCCGUAUGUUAUUGGGAAACUAUCCUUGUACUCAAAUGUUGGCAUUCCAAGGAUUUUGAAUUGGCCUAAAUUACCCAAGGACAAGGAGGGUAUGGUGAAAAUGGAUGUCAUGAACACCCUCAUUUUCGAUCGGUCUUUGAAAGAGUUAAAAUUAAGAAACCUCACUCCAACUUCCGUUGAGAGAUUGAGUUUGAGCCUCACUGAUUUUUUCUCUGGUGAGACUACUCCCGAGGCUGUGAAAUUCAAAAUUAAAGGUGGUUCCAAGCCUGCUGGUCAACCUGGCUUGAUGGGUUCUUCUUCAUCAACUGCUCAUGAGAAUGUCUCCCGAGUUGAGUUUGAGGAAUUUAAAAAGUGUUUAUCUGUUGUUGUCAGCCAGCAAGGGAUUCUUAUGAAAUCUCGUUCUUUGAGAUGAACAAGAAGCUGGACAUUCUUAUUGAGGUGUUUUUUUUUAAUUGUCAUUACUUUUUCUGUUAUUUUUUUAGUAGUGUUUUUAUGUUGUUUUAUACAGUUAAUUAAUUUUUUUUUUUUUUUGUUCUCAGUCAUCCCAAGGUGGUCUCACUCACAAUGGAUCUCAGUCUGAAGAUGCUCUUCGUACUUCAGAAAAUGAGGAUGAUGAAGAUUCCACUUCGGAGGAAGACGAGGAUGAUAAAUUCGACGAUGACAAAGGAGAUGAUCAUCAUGACGAUGAAACUGAUGAUGAUGAUGAUGAUCUGGGUGGAGAUGGU